GCCGGCAAUGGGAUGGAGAAGAUGCUUCUCCACUUUUCGGGCUCUUCAACAUGAGAAUCCACUGGGUCUGCCGCGCUCCGGUACUCCGCCGCCAUUUCCGCGCCGUCGGGGUCUGCCCGAGAAGCGCAAGAUUCGUGAUGUGAAGAAGGUCAUUGCGGUGUCCUCAGCCAAAGGUGGUGUGGGGAAGUCGACCAUUGCGGUGAACUUAGCCUUGUCCUUCGCCCGGCGAGGAAUCCGUACCGGCAUCCUGGACACCGAUAUCUUCGGCCCGUCCAUUCCCACUCUCCUCAACCUCUCGGGGGAACCACGUCUCGAUGAUAAUAACUGCCUCCUCCCGUUGACAAACUACGGCCUCAAGUCCAUGUCAAUGGGCUACCUCCUCCCCCAACUCCAACCGCAACCAACCGACCCCUCGGGUAACAUCCCAAUGGACCCCACCCCAAUCUCCUGGCGUGGUUUGAUGGUCACAAAGGCGAUGCACCAGCUGCUCCAUUCCGUGUCCUGGGGACCGUUGGAUGUGCUAUUUCUCGACCUCCCACCCGGCACCGGCGACGUGCAGUUAACGAUCAACCAGGAGGUUAUCGUGGACGGAUCAGUGAUUGUGACAACUCCCCAGGACAUUGCGCUGCGGGAUGCCGUGCGUGGCUUUGGCAUGUUCCAGCGCAUGGAUGUGCCGGUCCUGGGAAUGGUGCGGAACAUGGCGUACUUCGCCUGCCCCCAGUGCGGCCAUCAAACCAAGAUCUUCUCUCACGGAGAUUCGUCCGACGGCCACUCGCAUGGAGAUCAGAAUUGGGGCGUGGUUGCCGAAUGCAAGCGGUUGGGAGUGGACUUUUUAGGUGACAUCCCCCUCGACGCACAAGUAUGCGAGGACGCAGAUCGGGGGGUGCCAACUGUCGUCUCGGAAGAGAGAGACGACCGGAGUGCACGGCGAGAAGCCUUUCUUCACGUUGCUCAGAGAGUAGCGGAGAAGAUUGGUGUGCCAUGGUAAUUUAUCCGUGCCAUGUAUUACUG